CCUCAACGUAUAAAACUUGUACAAAUGCUAUUGGUGGGUGCUCCUAAAACAAAUUGAACAUCAGUGUUCGUAGCAGUCAAGAAUCAAGAUGAAGAGGCGUUUCGUGAAUUCUCCAACCUCUAUGUAAGUACAAUUUUUCAGAGAAACGCUUCUAUCUUAUUCCAUGGAGUUGUCUACAAUAUGCAAUGUAAAGCGAUCCUCUGAGAGAAGAAUUGUCCCACGAGAACCAACGACGGCCACCGUUGGUAAGUCUCCGACAAAGGACCUGAUGAAGCUAGCUGCCACUGCAAUCAGACCUGAUGAAAUGCAUCUAUCUUAUUCCAUGGAGUUGUCUACAAUAUGCAAUGUAAAUCGAUCCUCUGAGAGAAGAAUUGUCCCACGAGAACCAACGACGGCAACCGUUGGUAAGUCUCCGACAAAGGACCUCACGAAGCUAGCUGCCACUGCAAUCAGACCUGAUGAAACGCAUCUAUCUUAUUCCAUGGAGUUGUCUACAAUAAGCAAUGGAAAGAAAUCCUCUGAGAGUAGAAUUGUCGCAGGAGAAGCAACCACGGCCACCGUUGGUAAGUCUCCGACAAAGGAUCUGAUGAAGCUAGCUCCCACUGCAAUCAGACCUGAUGAAACGCGUCUAUCUUAUUCCAUGGAGUUGCCUACAACCUCUGAGAGUAGAAUUGUCGCAGGAGAAGCAACCACUGCCACCGUUGGUAAGUUUCCUAUAAAGGACCUGAUGACGCUAGCUGCCACUGCAAUCAGACCUGAUGAAAAGCUUGAGUUGGCUAAAAGAUGCAAUGUAAAGCAAUCCUCCGAGAGUAGAAUUGUCGCAGGAGAAGCGACGACGGCAGCCGAUGGUAAGUCUGGAACAGAGGACCUGAUGAAGCUAGCUGCCACAGCAAUCAGACCUGAUGAAACGCUUCUAUCUUAUUCCUUGGUGUUGUCAACAAGAUGCAAAGAAAAGCCAUCCUCUGAGCGUAGAAUUUUCGCGCGAGAAGCAACGACGGCCACCGAUGGUAAGUCUCCAACGGAGGAACUGAUGAAGCUAGCUGCCAUUGCAAUCAGCUUAAACGUGCGGCCCAGAUCAUUCGAUAUGCCCCUCGACAUGCAAGAGUAUGCUUUUCGCUAUGCACGAUCGUUUCUUGAAUCAACUUCCAGACCCAAUCCAGCCCAUCUUGCUCGAGUCCUUAAGAAGGAGUUUGACUCGGUCUACGGACUAGCUUGGCACUGUGUGGUGGGGACGAGUUAUGGAUCGUUUGUGACUCACACGGUGGGUGGAUUCGUGUAUUUCAGUACGGAGAGGCUUUCUAUUCUACUGUUCAAAACAGAGGUGGAGUUAUUGCCGGAAUUGGAGCUUUGAACGGCAGUUGGCUAAUGACUCGUCAACAAAGGAGCAGUACACCUGAGUGCGAGGUGGAGUUAUUGCCGGAAUUGGAGCUUUAAACGGGCAGUUGGCUAAUGACUCGUCAACAAAGGAGCAGUACACCUGAGUGCUAUGUACGAGAGUGCAGGGGAUUUAAAAAAAAGAUGCAUUUUAUAUUUUCAAUUGAUUAAUUAAAUAUUAUUAUUAUUAU